ACAAUAUCCCAUGAAAAGUAGAUCCUGUCAGCAUAAAUGGGAUGUCAACACCAGCAGUUGGGUAUCACAUCACCUUGAUGAUUGUGGAGUAUGCAGAAGUGAAAAAUCUUGUGCAUACAAUAAUUAUGAAAGAAACAGCAUGAACAUAUCAACAUUGGAUUUAAAUAAUGUGAUUCACGUGGGACAAAAACCUUACCAGUGUAAUGAGUGUAAAAAAAUCUUCAGGGAUCUCUCCACCUUGGAUCUUCAUCAGACAGUACACUCAACGGAGAAGUCGCAUGUAUGUAGUGAGUGUGUAAAAGGCUUCUGUUACAGAUCAGCUCUUCAUAUUCAACAGAGACUUCACCUGGGAGAAAAGAGGUAUAAGUGUGAUAAUGACUGUGAUAUGGAAGUCAGUCAAAGCUCACUUCUGCAAAAUCAUGAGAAUGUCCACAUGGUAGAGAAACCAUUCAAAUGUGAGGAAUGUGGGAAAGGCUUCCGUCGUAGAUCCGCUCUUACUACUCAUUGUAAAUUACACCUGGGAACGAAACCAUAUAAUUGUGAGGACCGUGGGAGGGCCUUCAGUCAGGCCUCUCAUCUUCAGGACCAUCAGAGAGUCCACACCGGGGAGAAGCCAUUCACGUGUGAUGUGUGUGGUAAGAGCUUCAGUAGGAACUCACAUCUUCAGUCCCACCAGAGAGCCCAUACAGGAGAGAAACCAUAUAAAUGUGAAGCGUGCGGGAAGGGCUUCAUCUGCAGCUCCAAUCUAUACAUUCAUCAGCGGGGUCACACAGGAGAAAAACCCUACAGAUGUGAGGAAUGUGGUAAAGGCUUUACUCUGAGCUCCAAUCUUCAAGCCCAUCAGAGAGUCCACACUGGAGAGAAACCAUACCAGUGCAAUGAGUGUGGGAAGAGCUUCCGGAGGAACUCCCACUGUCAGGUUCAUCUGGUGGUCCACACAGGGGAGAAACCCUAUAAAUGUGACAUAUGUGGGAAGGGCUUCAGUCAGAGUUCACAUCUUCAAACCCACCAGAAGGCUCACAGUAUAGAGAAGCCUUGUAAGUGUGAAGAGUGCGGGCAGGGCUUCAAUCAGAGUUCACGACUUCAGGUUCACUGGCUGACCCAUACCGGGGAGAAACCGUACAAAUGUGAAGAAUGUGGGAAGGGAUUCAGUCGUAGAGCAGAUCUUAAAAUCCACUGUAGGAUCCACACAGGAGAGAAGCCAUAUCAUUGUGAGGAGUGUGGGAAGGUCUUCAGGCAGGCCUCAAAUCUUCUGGCCCAUCAGAGGGUCCACAGUGGGGAGAAGCCACUCAAAUGCGAUGAGUGUGGGAAGAGCUUUGGCCGGAGUUCACACCUUCAAGCCCAUCAAAAAGUCCACACUGGAGAAAAGCCGUACAAGUGUGAGGAGUGUGGGAAGGGUUUAAAGUGGAGCUUGAAUCUUGACCCAUGCAUCAGAGGGUCCACACAGGAGAGAAGCCAUAUAUACAAUAAUUAGUGCGGGGAGUGUGGUAAGAACUUCAGUCAGGCCUCGAGUCUUCAGCUUCAUCAGAGUGUCCACACUGGAGAGAAACCGUAUAAAUGUGAUGCAUGUGGAAAAGUCUUUAGUCGGGCUUCACAGCUGCAAUCUCACCAGAGAAU